AUGGGCGGCAACGCCACCCUCUCCCACUCCCCUUCUACAAACUCGUUUUACAAAAACAGCCCAGCAGGCCAAAUCACGGACUCCCCAGGUAUCGGCGGUCCACUCCCACGUAUUUCCUCCACCCACUCCUUCCGCGCUCCCUUCCUCUCCCCCACAUCCCGUCCCACAUCCUCCUUAUGGUCUCCGCCAGCAUACCCGACCCAAUUCACCUCUCCAUCAAACUUUGACCCAUCCUCACCUGCACUGCCCCUUGAGGCAUCGAAAGCCAAGCCACCCCUGCCCUCCACCCGCUUGCACGUUCCACUACAAAAAUCAGAAAAACCAUGGCUGGCAAAACGUGAACCCCGCGCGUGCACAUCCUACUUCCUCACCCUCCUCUUUAUCAUCAUCGGUAUCGGAGCGGCAGGCUACAUCUGUUUCGUGGGCGUAAAAUCCGUGCAUCUACUAUCCCCAUCCCAGCUAUGCAUCGUCCUAGACGAACAAUUCACCAGCGGCUCCCUUGACUCGUCCACAUGGUCUCAAGACGUCUCCCUUGGCGGCUUCGGGAACGGCGAGUUUGAAAUGACGACGAGCUCUUCUGAUAACCUUUAUCUCAACAAUGACCAAUUGUACAUCUAUCCGACGUUGACCACCGACACGGUGAGCAAUGUCCUGGAUGGGGGGAAUUAUACGCUGUCGGGAUGUACGGACCAAGGCAACAAUUCUGCAUGCACGGUCGUGUCGAAUGCACAACUAGGAGCAGUCAUUAAUCCCGUGAUGAGCGCCCGUAUCAACACACAAGGGAAGGUGAACAUCACGUACGGUAAGGUUGAGUUUCGGGCAAAGCUCCCGAGGGGUGACUGGCUCUGGCCCGCCGUGUGGAUGCUUCCUGAAACCAAUGCCUAUGGCGCCUGGCCAUUAUCAGGCGAGAUUGACAUUCUCGAAGCGCGCGGCAACGGACCUGCGUAUCCCGCCCAAGGAACCAACUUCGUUCGGUCGACGUUGAAUUAUGGACCGCUGCCGACGGUGUUUAAUCGUAUUUACGGAUGGUACUCUGUAAAACGUGCAUCGUUUGAUAAAGGAUUCCACACAUACGCUAUGGAGUGGGACGACCAGUUUAUGCGCUUCUAUACGGACUCAAGGUUACACGCGAUGCUUGACGUGCAGACUACGGGUAAAAAAGGGGGGUUCUGGGAACGUGCUGGGUUCCCGGAAACAGCACAAAACGGGACCGGAAAAGUCGUAGUCAAUAAUCCUUACGCUGGGCAGGGGAAGUCUGCUCCGUUCAAUCAGGCGUUCUACCUGAUCAUCAACCUCUCAGCAGGCGGCACAUCAGGAUGGUUCCCCGACAACGUCGGUGGGAAACCAUGGAUCGACGCUUCCCUCACCGCGAUGCGCGACUUUGCGUUGGCGCAGGAUACGUGGUCUGCUACGUGGCCCAGUAAUCCAGAUGAUAGGGCUUUUAGAAUUGAUUAUGUUAAAAUGUGGCAAAAGUGUUGAGGGGCUGACUCCAAUCUCAAUUCCUCAAGGAUGUGCUGUUCUACCUUAUCUCGCCAAUGAUCUUGUUUGCACUCGAACUGCUGUGAUACGAUAUGCUUUUUCUUGUUUUCAAUGUUAUCCUCGAUAUAGUACUUAGAUGAUGGUCCAUGGACUAGUAAUUAGUACCAAGCCCACGACUUUGACGAUAUACACUCCGGACUAUUGCACAA